CAGCUUUACAACCCCCACAUUUUUGGCUUAAAAGCUUUCACCUAAUUUUAAGGACUAUUUCUACUACAGAAUGAAUCCAUAAAUCAUAAAAGAAACAUGGGAACACAUUUUAGGGGUCCAACGCCACAGCUGCACAAUUCCUUUCCUAGAUACUAGACGUGUAAGAAUCUAGACGUCACCAUAUGACUGCAACGCAAACUCCUAGCUCAUCCUACCCAGGUACGUCUCUCCUACGUAUUAGCGCCAGGUGCCGCCCACAUUAGGCGGGACUCACUGUUGCUAGGAGACCUUCAACAAACCAUUCAGGAACCGGAGUUGUGAUAAGAUAAAUCACUUCUUUGAAAUAACGCAGCCAUGCCAAAAAAAGGUGGGAAAAAAUCGAGCAAGCUGAGUCGCAUGAGUGAAGAAGAGCGAUUGCUUUAUAUGCAGCAGAAAUUACUGGCAGAUGAGGAGCAGAGCAAAAAGAAAGAAGACAUGUUGAUGCAGUUUCUAAAGGAUAAACUUGCUAAAGAAGAGCAGAGCAGCAAAAUUAAUUUGACCAAGCUGAAUGUGCAGUGGCGCUCAGUCCUGCGGGAGGUGAAAACAAAAGAACUGCGCAAAGAUAUAGAGAUUCUUAGCCAGACCUUUGAAAGAGUUGUAGACUGCAAGGAAAGUGUUAUUAAGGCCUUAGCACAGGAUGUCGAAGAAGCCGAGGAACAGUAUGCUCAUGCCCUGCGUGGUCACCUUCAGAACAUUGAUCAGCUGUUGGACCUGCAGAGGGAGCGCCUUGCUUUGUUGCAGGAAGAAUAUCAACAAGAGUUGGAUGCCAUACAGAAAGAAUUUGAGACAGAAAGGAAGAUGAUCAUUCAACAAAAGGAGACAGAAGCUACUUACCUGCAAAAUGUUUUAUUGGCAAUGGAACAGAAUACUACAGAAAGUGAAAAUGAGGCCAAACUGGAGUAUCAGAGCAUGAGAGAUGAAAUAAAAAAUAAGAGUUUGGAAGAGAAGCAUGCCCUGCGAGUAUUGCUGGAAGGGAGUGUGGAAGAUCUCUGGAAGCAGUUUCAGGCGGCCCUCAAAAACUAUACAGACUCCACAGAGGACCGCAGGAUAACGUUUGAAACUCUAAAAGCUAAAGAUGAGAAAAGCGCUCAAGAAAUUCAGAUGCAAAUGAAAAAGCUACAGAAAAUUCAGGAUUCUAUAACAAGCAUUAAGAACCGCAUAACAACCCAUGCCAGAGAAAGUGAGGAACAGAAUCGUAGGCUGCGCGAAGAUAAGGAAGUUGUGCACAAGCAGUUCCAGAAACUAAAAAGUCAAAUGAACCAAGCCAGAUCUGCAGAGCACAGUCGCCUUGCUACCCUGACCAUGCAGAGCAAUGCUACCCUGAAGGAACUACAGCGCAUUAUAGAUAAGGGAGAAUCCAUACUUCGCCUGGCAGAAAUGUGCCGCAAACUGGAGACUGAGGAGGAGAAAGUCCUCCCAUUCUACCCAUCUUCCCUCAGUAAUGAAGACAGGGAGGAAGCAGAAAGGGCCAGCAUGGAGAAGCCAACAGUAGAGCUGGCUGUGCUGAUGCAGGAAUAUAGUGCCCUUGACCAAUUUUGGAAACGCUACAAUAAGGUUCUUCUGGAACGCUGGGCGUUAGAUCGUGAGAAAGCUGUACUGACGCAUGACAACCAGAAACUUCGAUACUUACUCAAACAGUACCUAGAUGGCAUCUCUGUGAGUGAUGAGGUGCUGUCGCAGCAAAAUCCACUACUGAUCCUUAACAAUCGCAGCAACCUGCAACAGAAGCCUCUGCCUGUUCCUGUUACUGACGCAAGAGUCCGACGGCCUGUCCAUAACGUUAUUGAAGCUGCUCAUAUUGUGAGCCAGACAUUAUGAACGCAUUGCAUCUGUCAUCCCUACACAUGCCUUUGUUCAUAAGGAGAUGCCAAUUACCAUGGAAUGUUUCUAUACCAAGUGCACUCUCUAUAAACCUCUAAAUGAAACAAAUAAUUUGAUAGUACUUAAGGGGUCAAUAUGCCUUAGUGAUAAGCAGGGUGGCUAUUCAUUUUAGACACAUGAUAUUCCUUCACUGCACGUGUGCAUCUAUAAAUAUAUGAGCAGGAGCUGCCUUCUAUGUGGCUGUCAGUAAUGGUUUUUUUAUUGCCAUCAAUGAAAAGCAACCAGGACAGGUAUCAGGAGAAAGCAGCUAUACAAAACGUAGUAUUGAGUGGGCCAUGAAUACUAAUAUAUAUUACUGUCACAUUAUGUCACAAGAACCCCAAAUGUUGUGCUUGUGCAAGGCCACAGAGGAACAAGUGUCACUAAUAAUCAUACAGUUCACCAUUGAUGCUGUCUUCUGAGCUGAGUCACAAAGCCUACACACCAGGAAUGGCUUGGAAAAGCCCAAAACACAGCAAUAAGAUUUCAUUUUCAUUUAAAGAGAUACUGACACCAAAAAUUAAACCUCUUUUAAAUCUA